AUGCCGGCCUCGGAGCGGGAAGUCACUGUCCUGCUGCAGCAGCUGGUGCCUCACGCAGAGGAGACCGUCAUUGACUACCUGUGCACCGCGCUUCUGGAAUCCAGCUCCCAGGAUGAGGUGCGGGAGUGCUGCGAGGGAUGGCUGGAAGAGGAGCCUGGGCUGCAGCGCCUUUGCGAAGCUCUCGGCUUGACCGGCGAGGCGAAGAAGGCCGAGAAGACGGCAACGCCCCUGCCCAGCCUUGGUUACCCUGUUCAGCCCCUGCAGAUGCAGGCCGCGCUCCCCGAGGAGGACAGGGAGGAGGAACAGCAAACAGUGCCGGAAGGCAGUGCAAAGGCCAAGCCGAAGACGCGACCAAAGAAGGCAAAGGAGAAGGACGCACAGAAGAAGGACGACGUUGGGAAACCAUCUGAUGCCCCGGUGGAAGUGCGGGCUCGGGUCUCACGGUUUCACCGCGAAGCGGUGGAAGAUGAGAUCACCUCGGCAGUGGCAGAAGUGGACAUCCAUGAUUUGUGCAUCUCCGUGGCUGGCCGCGAUUUGCUGAAGGAUGCUCACCUCAAGCUUUCUCCAGGUCAGCGUUAUGGAUUCGUAGGCCGCAACGGCUCGGGCAAGUCGACCCUGUUCCGCUCCAUGGCGGCGGGUCGGAUUCCCGGAUAUCCGCCCAACUGCGUCACGCUCUUGGUGGACCAGGAGGACGUGGGAGACGACCGUCGGGCUGUCGACACUGUGGUGUCAGCCCACAAGGAGUUGAGCGAUCUGCUUGAGGAGGAAGCUUCUUUGGAGUUGGGCGAGGGCUCUGUGGUGGACGCUGUCAAGGCAAUGCGCGCUCAUGUGCACCUCAUGGCCAAGCGGGCUCUUUUCAAGGCCGCCAUGUACGAGAGCAAGCUCAGCGGCCUGCGGGGCAAGGCCGCAAGGGAGGCGCUCUUGGAGGCGGAGCAUGCGGAGAAGCGAGCCGCCGAAGCCCUGCAGGCUGAUGUGAGCGAGGAGGCCACCCCGGAGGUGCAGGCCCAGGUGGCGGCCCUCUUGGCGGACGUCCGAAACCGGCUGCACGCGCUGGGAGCAGAUGCAAUGAAGGGCCAGGCGGAGGCGGUGCUGAAGGGCCUGGGCUUCUCGGCGGCGGACCUGCAGCGGCCCACCCGGCUGCUGAGCGGCGGCUGGCGCAUGCGGGUGGCGCUGGCCAAGGCGCUGCAGGCGAAGCCCAACGUCCUGCUGCUGGACGAGCCCACCAACCACCUGGACUGGCAGGCCAUCCUCUGGCUGGAGCGGUACCUGGUCUCAGAGGAGCUGAGCGAGGUGGCGCUGGUGGUGGUGUCCCAUGACCGGGACUUCCUGGACAAGGUGAGCACCAUGACGUUGCGCCUUUGGGAGAUGAAGCUGCAGGUGCACUCGGGCAACUACUCCACCUUUGAAGAGGCCCAUGAGAAAGACCAGCAGCACCGGGCGGAGCUGGCCCAGCGUCAGCAGGAAAAGCAGGACAAGGUGGAGAAGCAGAUCAAGGAGAUGGAGCAGCGGGGCCGGAAGACCAACAACGACAACCUGCUGAAGGCGGUGGCGAGCCGCCGCACCAAGCUGGGCUUGGACGACAAGCCCUGGUCCUUCAACCGGGUGGGCCUGGAGCGGGCGGACGGCCACAAGUUCAAGUUCUCCUAUGCCACCCACCUCGCGGCCAUGGAGCAGACUGCCCUGGAAGCCAAGGAGCAGGCGGUGCGUUUGAAGCUGAAGGCCGCAGCUCCUUUGGGCUUUGAAGCUGCGCUGCUGCAGUGUAGGGAGGUGGUCAUCGGCUACGACAAGUCCAGCCCACUGGUCCGGAAGUUCGACCUGGAUGUCCGUGCGAAGUCUCGCAUAGGCGUGCUUGGGGUGAAUGGCAGUGGCAAGACCACUCUCCUUCGCACGUUGGUGGGGGAGCUUCAGAGCCUGGCGGGAGAGGUUUAUCAGCAGCCCCGCGUUGUUGUUGGCUUCUUCAAUCAGCACCAGGCAGACGACCUUCCGGUCAAUGCUACGCCUUUGGAAUCGCUGUGCGAUCGACAUCCCAACCUCCAGGAGCACGAGGUCCGAGCCCAUUUGGGCAGCUUUGGUCUUGGCCGCUUAGCUGUGCAGCCGAUCAGGUGCCUGUCGGGCGGUGAGCGCAGCCGGGUCGCGUUGGCAGCGGCCACCCUGCGGCCGCCACAUGUUCUGAUCUUGGAUGAGCCGACCAAUCACCUGGACCUACAAACUGUGGAGGCGUUGGGAAACGCACUGAAGGAGUUCGAAGGGAGUGUGGUGGUGACUUCCCACGACCGGCGGCUCCUUCGGGAGGUUUGCACUGACUUCGUUUCGGUGAAGGACAAGCAGCUUGUGAAAGUGACACUGGACUCUUUCGUGCGCUCGGUUCGGUGA